AUGGCUCAUUUGAUAGCAGCAUGCUACCCCAGCAUUAACAUAUCAGGAAAACGAUGCGCAGAGAUUUCAUGUGGAUUUACUACUACUCUUUCUAGACCAGCUAGGAGGACUAAAUUGAAAAUGAUUCAUUUUGAGGAGCAGUUUGAGAGAUCAGAAAUACCAGUUCAUCAAGCUCAUCAGCUGCUGAGGAAGUUGGGUUUCUCAAAUUCAAAUCCAGAUGAGAGGCGCAUUCAAUCUCCUUUGACUGCAUGGGGUGAAAUGAAAUCAUUAGAAUUGGUCACAGACAGGCAGGCAUGA